UUUUCCACCUUCAACAAUAUCUAUCAACAGAUUCUUAACUGUAAACCACCCAUUCCCUCACCCACCCCCACCAGAGGUGUAAAUUAUUUUGCCCUUUCAGAACAAUCAAGAAGACAAAAAGUUCAAAGAAAAAGUGCUAAAUAAAAAAUGCCAACUCUAAAUCUGUUCACAAAUGUGCCAGUGGAUGCAGUAGUUGCUUCUGAUAUUCUUAAAGAUGCUACUAAAGCUGUUGCUAAAAUUAUUGGCAAACCCGAGUCAUAUGUGAUGAUCUUGUUGAAUGGAGGAGUUCCUAUUGCAUUUGCUGGUACCGAAGCUCCUGCUGCCUACGGAGAAUUAAUCUCCAUUGGGGGUCUUGGACCUAGUGUGAAUGGCAAACUCUGUUCAACCAUUGCAGAGAUUCUUCAAACAAAGCUGUCAAUAGACAGCGGCAGAUUCUACAUAAAGUUUUAUGAUUCUCCGCGCCCGUUUUUUGGGUUCAAUGGCUCAACUUUUUGACAGUCCUUCAAAAUAACUGCUCUGGAGAAGGAACUUAUUGGUGACUCUUUGGGUUCAAUGGCUCAAGACUUCAUCUGCUCUCAACUGUGACUGUUUCACGGAAAAAAGAAAACCCUUCCGACAUGUUCAAUGAACAUAUUUUGUACUUGAUUGUGCAAGGUCUUUUCGUAGCGCUAAGAAAUAGAAAAUGUAAUGCAUAUUUCAGAAUUAACAAAUGCCCAACAUAGGGCUAUUUUCCAAAUUUAAUUUCUGCUGUCUUCUACUUUAAAAUGAAAUCAUUCUUAAUAGAUUUCUAUUAUACUUUUUAUACUA